AUGACUAGGAAAACCGGAGUGGCGUUCGUCGUACUAUUAUUCAGCUUCGGCUCGAUAUUCGCUGUUGAAGUAACGAAUGAUUUCUGUCCGUGUACAUCCAAUGCAAUCGAUUAUCGUUUACCGUCAGUAGUAAUACCUCGACAUUAUUAUAUCGGCCUGAGACAACAACAUGACAGGAGCUUCUAUGGGGAAUGCAAAAUAACCAUCGAAAUAACUCGUGCAACCACAAAUAUUAUUUUGCAUGCUCGCGAGUUGUACAUUUUCCCCGAUACGAUAAGACUGUCGAACGUCAAUAAGUCAAAAGUCAAUAACGAGGAUAUGUCCUUAAAACCUCAGGCACUUCAUUACUCGGAACAGAUACAGAUUUGUGCUUUCGAUUUUUACGAGACUUUAUAUCCUGGAAAUUACACGUUAAGCAUGGUAUAUACCACUUCUACACAGUACACUGAAUAUAAGUAUGAAUCCAAUAAUGACCCGAGACUGGUUGGCAAGUGGCCGUAUAUAACAGAUUUCGAACUGAUUGGUGCUCGAAGCAUGUUUCCAUGCUGGGACGAGCCAACGUUCAAAGCGAUCUUCAAAAUCUCCAUUGAGCAUGCGUAUAAAUUCCAUGUUCACUCCUGUAUGCCGAUUAUGGACGAAAUAAUGUUGCAUCAGAGCCAAAUAACGAUAUUUGAACCUACACCGGUGAUGUCAACCUAUCUCGUAACAUUCGCAAUUGGCACACCCCAAAAUUAUAUGUCGCACGAUGACAUCAAAUUAUAUAUGAACUUGACUGCAUUAGUAUAUGUAUAUCCUAUCACAAGCAUUGCUUUAGAUGCUCAAAGUUUUUUGAAAAAUUAUACAAAUAAUUUGUGGGAAAGUAAUUCAAACCUUAUCAUCGUGGAUUCAAAUUUAAAGAGUAAAGCCGUGGGAGCCUGGAGAUUCACAGUUUUCAGAGAUAUCUAUUACCGAUUGAAUUUUCAUUUUCACGGCCGCCGAUUAGAGAUACAUAAGAUAAUAUCGAGCCAACUGACAAAACAGUGCAUCGAGAGUCUCGUCAGCCCAAAGGAGUGGCCUCAACUAUGGCUUAGCAAUGCAUUUGCAACGCUUCUUGGUUAUAAAAUAACUGCGAUGAUGUCACUUGAUGAAGAUACCAUGAUGGAACUUUUUGUAGUGCAGGUUCUACAGCCUGCUCUGCAUAACGAUGUUGAACUAAGGGUACCACCUGUCAUUCACGAAUACGACCCGUUUUAUGCUUCUCUCAUUUAUAAGAAAGCAUCGGCUAUGAUGAGGAUGUUUGAAUACAUCGUCACAAAGAAGGUGUUGCAGGAGGCUCUUGCCGAAUACUUAAAAAGAUAUGCUUACAGCAGCGCUACAACAUACGAUUUCUUGUCGAUCCUGAAAAACAAAAUACGAUCAGAUUGUACAUACCGCUAUAAUGCAGCCGAAAUGAUGCAAACAUGGCUGUCGGAAAGAGGCUAUCCAGUAUUAACGGUUCGACAAUAUAAAGAUGGCACGAUAUCGAUUAAUGUAUCUAAUUCGCUAGAAAAGUCCAGUCACUCGAGAAAUGAAUGGCAGAUACCUACAACAUUCACGACAAAGGAACACCUUAAUUUCACGCAAAAUUCGCCUACGUUCUGGCUAAAUUCGUCGGAAGUAUUGUCGGUAAAUUUGUCGGGUUUUUAUGAUCAGAGUCAGUGGGUCAUAAGUAACAUACAACAAUUUGGCUUCUACCGUGUCCGAUACAUCGAUGAUAAUUGGUGGCAAAUUUUGGAAUACUUGGCCAAAAAUCACACGAAAAUACACGUUCUGAAUCGUGCUCAGCUGAUCGAUGAUGCGUAUCAUACUAUAAUGGAUAGCCGUUUAAAUAACUGGAUCCUCAACGGUUUGGUCCGGUACUUAGGGAAAGAGACGAGUUUUAUAGUAUGGCAUAGUAUGAUGAACGUCUUGCAGUAUAUGUCGUCAUUCUUCAACCUCCCAGGAAGACCGGUUGAAUUCUUCAAGGAAUUGGUGUUGAAAUCCAUGAAUGAGACUUUAACGACGCUCGGAUUUCAUGAAAAAUCUGAAUUCAUUCAGAUAGAAGUAACAGAAUUAUUACUCCUGAAUUGGGUCUGUAAACAUGGCCAUGUUGAAUGCAGGAAGUGGGCCUACAAUAAACUAAUGAUGCACAUCGACGAUUCCGAGAAGAAAAAACCAAUUUUACCGGAAUGGGAGGCCUGGAUGUUUUGCGCGGGUGUUAUGAACGGACGCACCGAAAGAUGGAUAUCGAAAGUAAUGCAUCACAUUAUGCAAAAAGAUAAACAAAUGUUAAAACAUAUGGCCUGUGUCGAUGACGAUCGAAUGCUCAGUUUUUUAUUGAAACUGAUCACAACUAAGCCUCUUCUUAUUGAGUGGAAAGAACUUGAAACUGAACAGAUACAGACAUUAUAUUACAGUAUUGUGAAAAGGCACGCGAGAAAGGAUCAAGUGCUGGAUUUAGUUCUUGAAAUUCUCGACGAAAUACCAAACGGGUAA